GAUGGUCGAGAUUGAGACCCGCCGCCUGCUCUCCCACUGAAACCAGUAGUGAAGUGGGAGAUGUUCUCCAGCAGGAUGAACCAGUCUCUGCUGCUGGGCCCGCUGGACGAGCUGCACGAGCUGGCCUUCAUAGAGAGACCCAUCCGCAGGAGUCUGAAGACAGCAGAGGAGAUUGAUCAGCUGACGGUGGAUGAAGAGCUCAACGACAUCGAGAGAGCCGUCUACCUGCUGAGUGUCGGGCAGGAGGUGCAGAGAGUGAGUGUCAUCAGUAACUUGCCGAGUCUCGUCCGUCAGAACCCUGCUGAGACGUUCCGCCGGGUUGUACCAAAGGUCCGGGAGGUUUUAAACGGAGCCGGAGCUGAGAUCCAGCUGGCAGCUGCAGCUUCAUUCUUAACCAUCCUACAAGACGACAUCAUCCUGAUCCACACCCACACCUACUCCAUCCUGAAGACCGUCCUGCUCCACCUGAACCACAGAGACACAGUGGUGAGCAACGCCUGGCUGGAGACUCUGCUGUCAGCCAUCAGUGCUCUACCGAAGGAGACCAUCAAGCAGGAGGUGCUGAACCCUCUCCUCUAUCAGUCUCAGCUGUCUCACUCUCUUCAGGCUCGUCUGGCCAGCUGUCGCAUUUUGGGGAAAGUCGCCUGCAAGUUUGAUUCCCACAUAGUGAAGAAGGAGCUGCUUCCGUUGGCUCGUUCUUUAUGUCAGGAUGUGGAGUUUGAGGUCCGGGUCGGGAUGUGCCGUCAGCUGGAGAACAUCGCCAGGGCAGCUGGGGUAGACGACACCAGGACCGAGCUCCUCCCCGAACUGGUGGAGCUCGCCGGAGAUGAGGAGAGCGGCGUCCGCCUGGCCGCCUUCAACACCAUCAUCGAUCUGAUGGAGGUGAUGGACAGUGACGACAGACUCCAUGUUGUGGUUCCCUUGGUGAUGUCGGUGUGUGAGGCGUCGUCGCAGGCGGACGAAGCUGUCGUGGCAUCUUUGUCGUUCCAGUUUGGGAAACUCUGCAGCGGACUGGAUGGUUGCCUGUCAGACGAGCAGAGGAGCCGGUUGCUGCAGAGGUUUAAGCUGCUGUGUGUUGCUGGUCUGCAGACUGACGGAAAUCCAACUGACGGCAACAACGAGUCGACGCUGAUCCGCUGCAACUGCUGCUACAACCUGCCGGCCAUGGUUCUGUUUGCUGACCCGACUCACUUCUUGUCUGAGCUCUACCCGUCUCUCUGCAAUCUCUGCUGUGAUCCCGAGGUCAGCGUUCGACGGAGUGCUGCAGCCAGUUUCCACCAGGUGGUGAAGCUGCUUGGUUCUGACGUUCCGCUGAUCCACAAACAGCUUCUGGAUCUGCUGCAGGACGACGCCCUGGAGGUGUUGGACACCCUGAUGAACCACCUGGAGGAAACUCUGGAGGCGGUUCUGUCCAGAGGAGAGAACCUGACGCUGGACAACAAGUUCCCGGAGCUGCUGUCGGCGCUGCUGCUGGCGGAGCAGAAAGUCGGGAGUUCUCUGCGCUGGCGGCUCCACGAGAAGCUGCUGCAGCGCUACAGCUGCUUGGCCCGACUGCUGCCUGGAGAGCUGCUGCACCAGAACUUCUCUCCCCGAAUCUUCGUCAUCCUCACCACCAACAAGGUGCUGCCGGUGCAGAGGGAGGCGGCUCGGACCUUCUGCACGUUCCUGCGCUAUAACCGCAAACACGAGCAGCGGCAGGAGAUGAUGGAGCGGCUGAUCCAAGAUCUGGCUCAGGGCCGCAGCUACUGGAACCGACUCCGCUUCCUCGACGUCUGCGAAACCGCCACCGACGUUUUCUCGCGUAAAUAUUUCAACAAACACUUCCUGGUCCCGGCGCUGGAGCUGGUCCACGACCCGGUCGCCAACGUCAGGUAUAAGCUGUGCCAGCUGUUGCCGCGGUUACGGUCGUCUCUGCGGCUUCCGGCUGAUAAACAGCUGCUGCAGAAACUGGAUCAGUGUGUCCAGAAGCUUCUCUGCAGAGAGACGGACAAAGACGUGGUCGCCACCAUCCGCCAGACGGUGCUGGAGCUGGACAAACUGGACCUCACAGAGCCGUUUCACAAACGGCAGGAGAAAGAUUUACUGGACCAGAAGAAAGAGAAAGAAGAGACUCUGCUGCUGGAGAUGGAACAGCUGGAGCGCCAGCAGAGCGACGGGAAACUCGUCUCUGACAAACACACGGACAGAAAACGAAGAGACAGUAAGAGUCUGGCUGCUACUAAAGCCGUGUCUGUGUCUGGAGCUGCCGGGGCCUCUGGUAAAGAGAUGAGGAGGGCCAAACUGUCUCGGAGUCGAUCCCUCAGCAGUCAGCCGACGACUUCCAAACCAGCCAACCCGGACCGAACUCUGAAAGUCAAAGAGCUGGGUGGUGGUUCUGGAUCUGGGAAAUCCAUGUUAUCCGGCAAAGAUGACUCUUUGAGGACGACCCACUUCACCAUGGCAACACUGUCCCAGACCAAGUCCACCUCUUCAAUGCCGGUCCUGAUCCGCAGCAACACAACCAGCCUCCUGGAUAGAACCAGUAUACUGGACCUCAGGACCAGUAACAUGGACCAGAGAGACCACAGGACCAGUACCAUGGACCAAAGAGACCACAGAACCAGUACAAUGGACCAGAGAGACCACAGAACCAACCACAGAACCAGUACCAUAGACCAGAGAGACCACAGAACCAGUACCAUGGACCAGAGAGACCACAGAACCAGUACCAUGGACCAGCGCAGUAAAUCAAUAGAUCAACGCAGCAGCGGGCUGAAGGAAGGCCAGUCUAGGAAACUGUCAAUAAACAGGAAGUCGAACUCUUUCAGCGUGCAGUCUGGACGAGAGUGACGGCGAUGACGUCAUCAUACCUCCACCUGGCCAUCAGCCAAUCAGCAGCCAGGACAUUACCCACAAUGCAACAGGAUGUCCAUCUCUGCCUUACUGAGCACUGUGUCUUCUGAUGAUGUAAUUCUGUCAUCUGAUUGGUUCAGUAAACUCCACGUACUAACUGUCCUGCUGUGUUCUUAUUGGGUAGUGUUUCACCUGCUGACACCU